AUGAUUAAUGGACAGCAAACUGCAACAUCAACGUAUCCUUGCCCAUACUGUUUCAUCACUUUGAGCGAAUUGCACACUUUUGGAAAAGUGACUGUUGAUGCCGAUAAAGAGGAAUCUAUGGAAAUUGAUGAUAAUAUAAUUUUGAAAACAUUCAAAAAUUUAAAAGAUGAUUACAAUAAAUUUAAAUGUUUUGGAAAAGAUAAAAAAAUUUUGCCUGAACUUCAUCUGUUACAAGGAUUUACAAACCACCUAUUCUGGAACGGCAUAGUUCCUGCUGUAGGACGUGAUAAGGCUCUGCUUUGGCCAUCAAAAUUGAAGUUGGUAGCAAAAAAUUAUCAGGGUGAAAUUUUUGAGGGUAUUGCCUGCCGAAAAGUUCUGCAAGAAUCGGAUAAAUUGCUUGUUCCUGAAAUUUACGAACAGGUUGGUCCGUUCAAGUUACAGCCAUACGUCGCUGCUUUUAAGACAAUGAAUAAAAUUGAACAUGACUGUUUCUCCACGCAACGUGCAGAUAUGACCGAUUUAUAUGAGAACUUGGAAAAACUCCGCGAAAAUUUAGAAAGUACUGGGACUCAAACUCUAAAAAUGCACAUUAUACUUGAUCACUUUAAAGACGGCAUUUCGUUAUCAAACAACGAUGGCUUGCGUUUGUGGUCAGAACAGGCCGGGGAAUCUGUUCACAGAGAAUUUUUGAAAUUUUGGGAAAGAUUCAAAAUAAAUUUCAUACAUGAUUCAUCAUAUUCCGGCCGUUUUAAAAAAGCGACACUUCAUCAAUUCAUCAAAACAUCAAAACAUCAAAACAUCAAAACAUCAAAACAUCAAAACAUCAAAACAUCAAAACAUCAAAACAUCAAAACAUCAAAAACAUCAAAACAUCAAAACAUCAAAACAUCAAAACAUCAAAACAUCAAAACAUCAAAACAUCAAAACAUCAAAACAUCAAAACAUCAAAACAUCAAACAUCAAAACAUCAAAACAUCAAAACAUCAAAACAUCAAAACAUCAAAACAUCAAAACAUCAAAACAUCAAAACAUCAAAACAUCAAAACAUCAAAACAUCAAAACAUCAAAACAUCAAAACAUCAAAACAUCAAAACAUCAAAACAUCAAAACAUCAAAACAUCAAAACAUCAAAACAUCAAAACAUCAAAACAUCAAAACAUCAAAACAUCAAAACAUCAAAACAUCAAAACAUCAAAACAUCAAAACAUCAAAACAUCAAAACAUCAAAACAUCAAAAUAUCAAAAUAUCAAAACAUCAAAACAUCAAAACAUCAAAACAUCAAAACAUCAAAACAUCAAAACAUCAAAACAUCAAAACAUCAAAACAUCAAAACAUCAAAACAUCAAAACAAAACAUCAAAACAUCAAAACAUCAAAACAUCAAAACAUCAAAACAUCAAAACAUCAAAACAUCAAAACAUCAAAACAUCAAAAACAAAACAUCAAAACAUCAAAACAUCAAAACAUCAAAACAUCAAAACAUCAUUAAAACAUCAAAACAUCAAAACAUCAAAACAUCAAAACAUCAAAACAUCAAAACAUCAAAACAUCAAAACAAAUUAUCAAAACAUCAAAACAUCAAAACAUCAAAACAUCAAAACAUCAAAACAUCAAAACAUCAAAACAUCAAAACAUCAAAACAUCAAAACAUCAAAACAUCAAAACAUCAAAACAUCAAAACAUCAAAACAUCAAAACAUCAAAACAUCAAAACAUCAAAACAUCAAAACAUCAAAACAUCAAAACAUCAAAACAUCAAAACAUCAAAACAUCAAAACAUCAAAACAUCAAAACAUCAAAACAUCAAAACAUCAAACAUCAAAACAUCAAAACAUCAAAACAUCAAAACAUCAAAACAUCAAAACAUCAAAACAUCAAAACAUCAAAACAUCAAAACAUCAAAACAUCAAAACAUCAAAACAUCAAAACAUCAAAACAUCAAAACAUCAAAACAUCAAAACAUCAAAACAUCAAAACAUCAAAACAUCAAAACAUCAAAACAUCAAAACAUCAAAACAUCAAAACAUCAAAACAUCAAAACAUCAAAACAUCAAAACAUCAAAACAUCAAAACAUCAAAACAUCAAAACAUCAAAACAUCAAAACAUCAAAACAUCAAAACAUCAAAACAUCAAAACAUCAAAACAUCAAAACAUCAAAACAUCAAAACAUCAAAACAUCAAAACAUCAAAACAUCAAAACAUCAAAACAUCAAAACAUCAAAACAUCAAAACAUCAAAACAUCAAAACAUCAAAACAUCAAAACAUCAAAACAUCAAAACAUCAAAACAUCAAAACAUCAAAACAUCAAAACAUCAAAACAUCAAAACAUCAAAACAUCAAAACAUCAAAACAUCAAAACAUCAAAACAUCAAAACAUCAAAACAUCAAAACAUCAAAACAUCAAAACAUCAAAACAUCAAAACAUCAAAACAUCAAAACAUCAAAACAUCAAAACAUCAAAACAUCAAAACAUCAAAACAUCAAAACAUCAAAACAUCAAAACAUCAAAACAUCAAAACAUCAAAACAUCAAAACAUCAAAACAUCAAAACAUCAAAACAUCAAAACAUCAAAACAUCAAAACAUCAAAACAUCAAAACAUCAAAACAUCAAAACAUCAAAACAUCAAAACAUCAAAACAUCAAAACAUCAAAACAUCAAAACAUCAAAACAUCAAAACAUCAAAACAUCAAAACAUCAAAACAUCAAAACAUCAAAACAUCAAAACAUCAAAACAUCAAAACAUCAAAACAUCAAAACAUCAAAACAUCAAAACAUCAAAACAUCAAAACAUCAAAACAUCAAAACAUCAAAACAUCAAAACAUCAAAACAUCAAAACAUCAAAACAUCAAAACAUCAAAACAUCAAAACAUCAAAACAUCAAAACAUCAAAACAUCAAAACAUCAAAACAUCAAAACAUCAAAACAUCAAAACAUCAAAACAUCAAAACAUCAAAACAUCAAAACAUCAAAACAUCAAAACAUCAAAACAUCAAAACAUCAAAACAUCAAAACAUCAAAACAUCAAAACAUCAAAACAUCAAAACAUCAAAACAUCAAAACAUCAAAACAUCAAAACAUCAAAACAUCAAAACAUCAAAACAUCAAAACAUCAAAACAUCAAAACAUCAAAACAUCAAAACAUCAAAACAUCAAAACAUCAAAACAUCAAAACAUCAAAACAUCAAAACAUCAAAACAUCAAAACAUCAAAACAUCAAAACAUCAAAACAUCAAAACAUCAAAACAUCAAAACAUCAAAACAUCAAAACAUCAAAACAUCAAAACAUUAAAACAUUAAAACAUUAA